CAGAGCUGUCGGAGAAGAAGAUCUUGAGAUGAUAAAGAUCAUGUCGGAGAAUCCGAGGUUCGGGAACUCACAGGCGGAGGAGAAGGAACACUUCAGCGGAAGCAUAGUGGAGACGGUGAGUAAGGAACGAGUCACGGCGGAGCCGGUGCUCAGGAAAUCGAACUCGUUCAACGAAGAAAGAAAUAAGAGCAUAGGAACAAGCGACGAAGGCAGCGAGGAAAAGAUGAAUGUGAAGGGGAAAUGCAUGCCGAGAAUAAAGAGUUCGUGCUCUAUUUCGUAUUCGACACAAAUAAAAAAUUGAAUUUUAUGUCAU